GCCCAUGCACAUGCACGCGGUUAAACCGGUCUAUGUGCCAAUCAUCCCAGGAAUGUGGAGGAAGCGGGCAGUAUAGCGGGCAGAAUAGAUUAAAAAUCACCGAAAUGCUGCAAUGCUGUGCGUCGCUCUUCGCUUUAUAAUAACUUGCGUAUUAUUGGGAAUAUUGGUAGAAAGAAACCUCUCCGAAGAAACCGAGAUUACAUCUAUGAUAAGAUCUACGGGUGUAUACAUAGCGUAUUCCUAACAAGUCUGACGUAGACCAUAGCGUAUUAGGAACUUAUUAUCCAGAACGUUUGAUAAAAUGUCACAGGAGAAUCUUCCACUGAUUGGUUUUGAUAAUGAAAAGGAUACAUUGAUUGCAACCUAUUUCGAAUUAGGAUUCAAAUAUCAAGAAAUCCUCGCAUUUCUUGCUACUAUUCACGAGUGGCCAAUGAGUCUUGUACAACUUAAGAGAAAUUUGAAACGAUUGGGUUUAGGACGGAGAAGCCUGUACAAAGACAGUUUUCAGUCAGUCACUGAGGCUGUCCAGUUUGAAUUACGUGGAACUGGUAAAGAUCUAGGUUAUAGAUCGAUGCAUGAUAGGAUCACCAAAAUCCACAAGCUUGUGACUGAUCGGGAAACAGUCAGAGUUAUUCUGAACUACCUUGAUCCAGAGGGCGUACAGUGUAGGAGACAAAGAAGACUACGGCGAAGGGAAUACUACACAAGAGGGCCUAACGAUUUAUGGCAUAUUGAUGGGUGGGACAAACUGAAGCCUUAUGGUUUUUGUGUGCAUGGUGGAAUUGACGGGUAUUCACGUCGCAUUAUUUGGCUUGAGGUUGCCUCCACUAACAAUGACCCAUAUGUAGUCUGCAGUUACUUUGCUAAUGCCAUUUUAAAAAUUAAUGGUCUUCCUAAUGUCGUGCGGGCAGAUCGUGGUACCGAAAAUACAAACAUUGCACAGAUGCAAACUUUCCUUAGGGGUGCCAACAAUGACAACCGCGGCAUGCUGAACACAUCAUUUUUAUAUGGGCGAUCCACUUCAAACCAAAGAAUAGAGAGUUGGUGGAGUAAGUUUGGAUCUAUGGGCAUGACAACAUGGAUUGAACAUUUCAAAGAAUUAACAGGUCAAGGCAUUAUAGACACUUCAAACAAUCUAGAUAUCGAGUGCUGCAGGUACUGUUACAUGCACGUACUGAAGCUUGAAUUAGACAAGAUCAAAAUGCUGUGGAAUACACAUUACAUCCGUGCUUCAAGACACCACGGGUGCCCAUCUGGUAGGCCUGACGUAAUGUACUACAUGCCAGAUCGGUCGGGUGGGGUUGAGUGCAUGCAUGCCGUUGAACAGACUGAAAUCAAUGUCUUGACCAAUGCACUGACGGCAGAACCUUCCGUUUGCAAUGACAAUAAUAAGGAAUUGUUUGAUAUUCUUAUGGCUGAAGGUAAUAGGCAAGCUGCUGAUAAUCUAAACGACGCAGCUGACAAUUUAGUGUAUUUGCUUGAUGUUCUUGAAUCGAAUUUAAGUCAUGAUAAUUAUUAAACCUCAUAGGUUUAUGAAAUAAAGUUCUGUGCAGUGUAGUUACGCAUUGUAUUGCAUUUCAGGGACACAAACCACACAACACUAUAGUUCCAAAUUAAAAAAAUAUUUAUUAUGUGCUUCUGCAUGGACCCUACCACCCACACUCUUCAGAUGCCACCACAAUUUGCUAAUAUGUACAUUAUUUACACGGUAUGAAACAAUUACAUGUAAUGGCACUAUGUUACUGAAUGUAUAGACUACAAAUAUGUGAAGAUAAACACAGAUUACAAAGAGCACAUCUGAGUCCGAAAAGUAGUGUGAUAUUGAUUAAUUUUUCCACUUCAAUCUGAAACAUAUAAACGGACUCGGAAGCAGCCGUUCAAGCUGCA